CUCGGUUGCAUGGAUACCGAGAGCGUGCGUAGUAGCCGCUGGCGCUCGCGAACUGCAGGGUCUGGGGUGUUAUUGGAGGGACCGUUGGUCCUCAUUUCUCCCGAAGCCCGCGGAGGAGCGGGUAAGAGCCCCGCGAAGCCGGCCCCAACCUUGGGAAAGGGAUGGGAGGCGACCCUGGCCGCUAGCCUUGCGCUGCUAGCGGCUCCACCGCGUCCUAGCCGACAGCCGCCCUUCUUCCUCGCAGCGCGCUGCGAUUCCCCAGCCUGGUCCCUUCUGCGGAGAGCGAUGCCGCUUCCCGACACCAUGUUCUGCGCUCAGCAGAUCCACAUUCCCCCGGAGCUGCCGGACAUCCUGAAGCAGUUCACCAAGGCUGCCAUCCGCACCCAGCCGGCCGACGUGCUGCAGUGGUCCGCGGGAUAUUUUUCAGCUUUGUCAAGAGGAGAUCCACUUCCUGUAAAGGACAGAAUGGAAAUGCCCACGGCAACCCAGAAAACAGACACAGGCCUGACUCAAGGACUCCUGAAAAUUUUGCACAAGCAGUGUCACCACAAGCAGUAUGUGGAAUUAACAGAUCUUGAGCAGAAGUGGAAGAACUUGUGCCUGCCGAAGGAAAAAUUCAAAGCGCUCUUACAACUGGAUCCUUGUGAAAACAAAAUCAAGUGGAUAAACUUUUUAGCACUUGGGUGCAGCAUGCUUGGUGGGUCCUUGAACACUGCGCUGAAGCACCUGUGUGAGAUCCUCACGGACGAUCCGGAGGGUGGGCCCGCUCGCAUCCCCUUCAAGACGUUUUCCUAUGUCUACCGCUACUUGGCCAAAUUAGACUCAGACGUGUCUCCCUCGGAGACGGAAUCCUACCUUGCCUCUCUAAAGGAAAAUAUAGACACCAGGAGGAACGGCAUGAUAGGACUUUCAGAUUUCUUCUUUCCAAAGAGGAAACUUUUAGAAAACCUUGAAAACUCUGAAGAUGUAGGCCAUUAAUACAGAGAAGAAUACAUUUUAGUGUCAAAAUAGUGCUCUUUAAAAUUCUGGCAUCAAAUACAACUUAUCCUGAAUCACA